AUGUAUCCAGGUAGUUUACACGAAUAUUGCUUAACAGUGUUUGAAGGAACAUUAAUCGUGCCUACAGUUUUUGGCAACAUUUUGCUUCUUUUAAGUUUUUUCACUCGUAAAACAUUGAGGACUCGUAGUAAUGCUUUGAUUGGUAGUUUAGCAGUUUCGGAUUUGUUUAUAGGAGGGAUAGUACUACCAUAUGAUACCAAGGCAAUGAUUUUUAUAUUGGGACUAUUUGCAAUAUGUUGGGCCCCUUUUACUGUGCUAAUACAGUAA